AGAUAAGAAAUUUAUUUUUCAAUAAUAAAACAAACAGAUUGACCAGUAAUUGUGCAGUGAUUAAGGAAAAUGGACAAACAAUACUUCCCAGAAAUAUUCAAGGAUCCAUUCGAUUUUGAGACAACCAAUGACUUGGAAGGAACCUGGAAAACCAUUGCAGAAGAAAUACUGAACGAACACCCAGAGGAAAGGGAGCAGAAGAUUGCAGAGUUUCAGAAAGCUUUUCAAAAUGAUCCGGAGGUCUCAAAAUGGAGGACACCAGGGGAAACCUCCAGGUUUGAGGAUAGAAAACACAUGAUCCAGUAUCUGAGAGCUGGAUUGUGGGAUGUUAACACAGCUCUUCACAUUCUUAGACAAUAUCUGGCCUCAGGACACCUUUACCCGGGGAUUGUAAAGGCAUCAGUACCAAUGUUACUAGAGAAGGUCUGGUCCAAGAAGCUGCUUGCUGCUACUGAAUAUAGAGAUGUCUACGGCAGAAGAAUAUAUAUUUACAGACCAGGUGCUUGGAAUCCAGAUGAUAUCCCUGUAAAUGAACUGUUUGCUGGGGCUUACCUAAUGUUUGAAAUGAUGGCCUGGGAGAUGAAAACUCAGAUAGCAGGAAUAACAAUGGUUUGUGAUCUAGCUGGGUUUGGGUUUAAACAUCUAAGGAAUAUUGGAAUGGAACAGGUUCGAUGCAUGACCUCCUUCAUGUCUGGUGCUUUCCCCAUCUGGGUUCGAAGGAUUCAUGUUUGCAACAAUCCUCGAUUAUUCGGAGUCCUGUUCAACAUGAUGAGCCCCUUGAUGGAUGAGCGGUCCAAGAAGAACAUGGUGUUCCAUGGGAAUGAUUUCACCCUGCUACACAAAGAGGUUCCAGUUUUUCUCCUUCCAAAAAGCUUAGGGGGUUCUGGUGAGCUGAAUAAUGAUGUUAGUGUCAAGAUAUUAAUGGAAAGAAAUGAAUAUUAUGAAGAAAUGCGGGAGCAUACUUUGAAACAUACCAGUACAAAGAAAUAACUGAAAUAACUAGUAAACGCCAAAUCCAAAAAAAUUAGAAUUAGACAUUUGCCAUGGAUUUCGAAAUAUAAAGGGUGUGCACACUCAAGGUAGAGGGGAUAUGUUCAGAUUAAACUAAUUUCUGACAGUCCUAAUGUUUCAGUCAAAUGUGAACACAAACCUUAUACUUCCUACCUUUAGUGUACAUGCAGAGCGUCCCAUAUUAUAUCUAUAUCCAAGCUUUAACGCCAAUAUACGCUGAUAGUACUCGAAAUAGCUUUGUAUUUUCUACAUUCUGCAAGAAUAUAUUUAUAUUAGCAAUAAAAUUUUUUUUAAUGAUUUUUAAUCUUUUUAAAUUUUCUGACAAGUCCCUUAAAUCUUAAUUUAAAAGCUAUAAACCUUCAAAAUAUUUAAUGUGUAUUACUCUUCCUCUUAGAAAUGUGUCCCAAGCAUUAUUAAAGUAAUGGGACACAUAGAUUCAGACUGCUUAUAAAAAGUCUAAUCAAUUUUUAAGACAGGGUCGACUCUGAAGUGUCGCAACACCUU